CAUCGAUAGCCAGCACAGCACAGCACAGCAACGCCCCAUCUUUGCUCUUGCUGGCCUGACCUCCUUCCUCACAUCAACAUCCAUCACACAACGAAUCUACGCAUCUCCCUCGCCCGCCAAACAAUGACCAAGACGUACAACAUCGUCGUCCUGCCCGGAGAUGGCAUCGGACCUGAAGUCACGGCCGAGGCAGCUCGUGUUCUCGAGUUGAUCUCGAGCAAGAGCAAGGAUUUCAAGAUUGAGCUGCAGAGCAAAGACUUCGGUGGAGCAGCCAUCGACUCGUCUGGCGAGCCCCUGCCCGCUGACACGAUCAAGGCCUGUGAGGCGGCAGACGCCAUGCUCUUGGGCGCCGUGGGUGGGCCCAAGUGGGGGGUAGGCAAGGUGCGACCUGAGCAGGGCCUUCUCCAGAUUCGUAAGCACUUCGACCUCUACGCCAACAUCCGCCCUGCCCUCUUCCCUUCCAAGUCCCUCCUCACCCACUCCCCGCUCAAGCAAGAGAUCGCAGAGGGAACAGACAUGAUCGUAGUUCGCGAGCUGGUCAAGGGCCUCUACUUCGGUGAUCGCCAGGAGGCGGACCUUGACACGCCCGGGUCAAAAGGCGAGGCGUGGGACCAGAUGAUCUACAAUCGCGAGGAUGUCGAGCGUAUCACGCGCCUCGCCGCUUACUUGGCACUGCAGUCCAACCCGCCAGCCAAGAUUCACUCCAUCGAUAAGGCUAAUGUGUUGGCUUGCUCCCGUCUCUGGAGGAGGGUCGUGACUGAGACGAUUAGCAAGGAGUUCCCCCAGUUGGAAGUCGAUCAUCAGCUCGUCGACUCGGCGGCGAUGGUUAUGGUUUCUAACCCGAAGAAGCUCAACGGUAUUGUGCUGACGGAGAACAUGUUCGGGGACAUCCUGAGCGACGAAUCCUCCGUCAUCCCAGGCUCCCUCGGUCUCCUCCCCUCAGCCUCCCUCUCCGGCCUGCCCGACGGCACCUCCGAGUGCAAGGGUCUCUACGAGCCCAUCCACGGCUCUGCCCCCGAUAUCGCUGGGCAAGGAAAGGCCAACCCUAUCGGCACGAUCCUCUCUGCUGGGAUGCUCCUGCGUUACUCCUUGGGUCAGCCCGAGGCUGGGGACAAGGUUUUCAAAGCUGUAGAGAAGGUCUUGGAUUCGGCUGAGAUGGGUGGGAAAGGGUUGAGGACGGCGGAUCUGGGAGGAAAGACGAGCACCAAGGAGAUGGGACAGGCGGUGCUGGAGGAGUUGGAGAAGUUGCUCUAAGAGAGUGGUGUUGAGGGGGUGGGAGCUGUUGAGAAGUCUUGCCGUGUCAACUUUUGUCAGUCAAUCUUCGAGUUGAUCAUCAUCUCAAAGUCGUGC